AUGGUGCAGACACUCCCAUCACCAAAUGGUGUAGACACUCCACCACCACCAAAUGCUGCAGACAUCAACCACCAAAUGGUGCGCACACUCACACCACCAAAUUGUGCAGACACUCCCACCACCAAAUGGUGCAGACACUCCCACCCACAAAUGCUGCAGACACUCCCACCACCAAAUGCUGCAGACAUCAACCACCAAAUGGUGCACACACUCACACCACCAAAUUGUGCAGACACUCCUACUCCCAAAUGGUGCAGACACUCCCACUACCAAAUGAUGCAGACACUCCCACCACCAAAUGGUGCAGACACUCCCAUCACCAAAUGGUGUAGACACUCCACCACCACCAAAUGCUGCAGACAUCAACCACCAAAUGGUGCGCACACUCACACCACCAAAUUGUGCAGACACUCCCACCACCAAAUGGUGCAGACACUCCCACCCACAAAUGCUGCAGACACUCCCACCACCAAAUGCUGCAGACAUCAACCACCAAAUGGUGCACACACUCACACCACCAAAUUGUGCAGACACUCCCACCACCAAAUUGUGCAGACACUCCCACCACCACCAAAUGCUGCAGACAUCAACCACCAAAUGGUGCAGACACUGCAACCACCAAAUGGUGUAAACACUCCCACCACCAAAUGGUGGAGACAUCAACCACCAAAUGGUGUAAACACACCCACCACCAAAUGGUGCAGACACACCCACCACCAUACACCCACCACCAAAUGA